AUGAAACUACUCGCUCUCAUUACGUCGCUCCUCUAUCUUAUUCCCACUGCACCCGCCGCCUCUUACACCGACAAGUUCAAACAGUAUCAGUCGCUUUCUCGCCUCGCGCCCAUUCAGCUCGAUGACUUGUCUUAUGAUGAUAUAACCUCAAAGCCCCGUGAUUAUUUUGCCACAGUGAUUUUGACAGCUACAGAGGCUCGCUUUGGGUGUGUGCUUUGCCGCGAUUUCCAGCCGGAAUAUGACCUUAUUGCACGGAGCUGGAAUAGAGGGACCAAACCAGAUGAUCUCAGGGUGCUUUUUGGCAUUCUUGACUUCCGAAAUGGCAAGGCAGCAUUUCAAAAACUAAUGCUCCAAACUGCGCCUGUCCUCCUUGUGUUCCCCCCCACGGUCGGCCCUUAUGCCAGAGUUGACGACAGCCCACUGCGAUUUGACUUCAGCGGUCCCAUCUCUGCCGAUCAAGUCUAUGCUUGGAUCAGUCGCCAGCUGCCUGAUGGGCCCAAACCACCGCUCGUGCGCCCGAUUAAAUACAUGAGGAUUGUGUCUGGUAUCACGAUUCUCAUGGCAGUUGUUACCCUGUUCACUGUGCUAUCCCCUUAUGUCCUUCCAGUUGUAAGAAACCGCAACUUAUGGGCUGCAUUUAGUUUGAUUGCUGUACUUCUAUUCACCAGUGGCCAUAUGUUCAAUCACAUUCGAAAGGUACCUUACGUUGUUGGGGAUGGAAGAGGUGGCAUCAGCUACUUUGCUGGCGGAUUUUCGAACCAAUUUGGUAUGGAAACACAAAUUGUUGCUGCAAUAUAUGCUGUGCUCUCCUUUUCUGCAAUAGCCCUUGCUAUGAAGGUUCCUCGCAUCGCAGACAACAAGUCUCAGCAGGUUGCCGUGGUCAUUUGGGGGGCUGUGCUUCUCGGAACAUACAGCUUCCUCCUGAGUGUAUUCAGAGCGAAGAAUGGCGGAUAUCCUUUUUUCCUCCCGCCUUUCUAG